AUGGCGCUUCUUCCUUCCUUCGUCUUCCCUUCUUCUUCUUCUUCUUCUUCCUCUUCCUCCUCUGUUCCAUCGAGAACGCGAAGACUCGCAAAGUUGUGCAUCGUAUUGGUUGUGUUGAUGUGCGCGAAAUCGUCGCUCGUGUUCUUCAUUUCCCACCUCGCGUACGGGCAGGUGAACCCGCUUAUGCUCGUGCAAACUUCGAGCGAUUAUCGACAAAUGUUGUACGUCACGCGGAACAACUAUUCACACUUUGUCAGAGAUCUCAUAUGGAGAAGUGUUAUUCGAGAUUGGGGAGGAGAAGGUGACUAUGAACAAGCCAACACAAAUAGAAGACCGGUGCGAUUGGAACAGUGGAUGAUUGAUAAAGAACCGGAAUAUUUCAAGCGAUUAGAACGUGCUGGCAUGCAAUUCGAAAUCGUAAGAGCUCCGAACAACGAGUUGUUUUCCUGGAAUAAGUUGUUGCAUUCGGUGUGUGGUAACUUUUUUGAAGACGACGCGACGUGUAAAGCUCUCGAUUUUCGUUUCGGCGACGCUUUUAACACAACGAAGACUAUCCGAAGUGAGAAGAGGAGGAAAAGAAUCGUUUGGCUCUCGAGAGGUACAAAUCAGCGGAGGGCAAUAUCGAACGAAAAGUUUGUUUAUAACGCUUUGAAAAGUGCGAUACCAAACAUGGAGUAUUUGAUCAUCAACUCUUCGAUAUUGAAGAAGAAUCCGAUGGUCAAGCAAGCCGAAAUGUUUACAGACGUGGACGUGCUCGUAUCUCUCCACGGCGCCGGGCUCACAAAUAUGCUCUACAUGCCAGAAGAUUCCCUCGUCGUUGAAAUCAUGCCGAAAGGGUACGCGAAAGAUACGUAUAUGAACUUUGCAAAACGGCUGAAGUUGCGAUAUAAGCGUCUUACAGCGGAUGCCGAUGGAGACAAAGGCGCAAAGGCCGGGAAAGUGAGCUUGAGUACGAGGACAAAAUAUGCGUUCAAUUCGAAGGAGGACAAAGAAAGAAAGUUUAAAAGAGAUGUCAUAAUAAAGUUGCACGAUUAUGAUAUCGAUUCUUUGAGAGAUAUGCUCUCGUUAGAAGCCUCGAAGAGAAAAUAG